AUGUCGCUUAGUCCAAUUGAGAAGGCAGCAUCUGGAGCCUUGGCCUCGGUCAUUGCUAAUACGUUAGUAUACCCACUAGAUUUAUCCAAGACAUUAAUCCAAACUCAGGUUGUACCAAAAAGCACACCCAUUGACAAAUCUUCCAGCAUAGACAGUGUGUAUCAACAGUCAAAUGAUCCUAAAGGAGAGAAGAAAUACAAACACACGCUUGAUGUUUUGAAGAGAAUUUAUGCCAAAAAGGGGAUAUUGGGCUGGUAUCACGGAUUGUUUUCCUCCAUCUUGGGUACUGCUGCUCAGAACUUCUCCUAUUUUUAUUGGUAUACAAUUGUCAAGCGAGUUUAUGCCAAUAUGCACAAGAAGAUUCCCCACCAUAAAGCAUCGACGUUUACCGAGUUGUUUUUAGGAGCAUUGGCAGCUGCCAUCUCUCAGAUGUUUACUAUGCCCAUUGGAGUAAUUACUACCCAACAACAGACCGAUAAAGACCAUAACAACUUGUUCCAAUUGGCUCAACAGGUCUACAAGAAAGACGGUGUCACCGGUUUUUGGAGAGGAUUGAGAGUGUCGUUGGUGUUGUGUAUUAAUCCUUCCAUUACCUAUGGUUCGUACGAAAGAUUGAGAACCUUGUUCUACGGGGAAAAACAAUAUUUGCUGCCAAUAGAGAGUUUCUCGUUGGGAGUGGUGGCCAAGUCUUUAGCCACUGUUGUGACCCAACCGUUGAUUGUCUCUAAAGCCAUGUUGCAGAAGAAAGACUCUGAUGACCCAGAUCAUGUUAGGUUUGAUGGGUUUACUCACGCAUUAGAACACUUGUGGCUGACAGAGAGAUUCAAGGGAUUAUACAAGGGCAUUGCUCCUCAGUUGGUGAAGGGAGUUUUUGUACAAGGGUUAUUAUUUAUGUUUAAAGAUCAACUCGACUUGUUCUUCAUGUUUUUGUUGCAGUUAUUGAAAGCUAAGAAGAAAUGA